AAGUAAUCAAAUAUUUAGAUUUAUUUGUAGUGCAAGAAAUCCAAGACGUACGUGUGUCUUCUUGCUUGAAUUGACUUAGGUCUAAAAAAAAAAUGGUAUUAAAUGUAGAACUCGUUGCUAGUCGCUUCAGAGUCAGAGAGAAAGUCAAAAAUAAAUUCCACCAAGGAAAGAAAAUAUGUGUAAAAACUAUUAAGAAGGCAAAAGAAGUUAUAGUCCAGGCCAAAUCAUCCGCAGUAGCGGCCAUAACAACUACCAAUUGGGAUACUUGGGAAUCUGUCAAAAGUGCCUUAUGGCGUGCUGCGAUCCUAGCGCUGACAGCAGCGGGACUAUAUGCAGCUUAUACUGUGUACCUGAUCUUCUUGGCUGCAAGGAAAAGAAACUAUCAGAUUGGCGUUGUGGAAGGCCUAGUCUGCUACCCUGUCACCAGCUGUCAGGGAAUCUCUUUUGGUACGGCACAUUGCAGCAACGCUGGCAUCACCCUACAGAAUGUCAUUGACCGGGAAUAUUUUAUUGGCACUAAAGAAGAGGAAGAUCAAGUCCAUAUAUUGAGGGCACCACAACUCAAUGAAAUCAAAGUUUUGACAGACCAGAGAAAUAUUAUUCUGUCAGCUCCAACAAAGAAGCCAUUUAAACUGUCUAUUGAAGAGACUAAACACAUACCCAGUGCAGGGGAGAUGCUUCGCUUUGGGACUAUCAUGGUGCCAGUUACUAAUUGUGGUGAUAAAGUCUCCAAAUAUUUAUCGUCUGUGAUCAAACACGACAAGAAAGUUUCUUUGUACAGUUACAAUAAAGGACUUUCUUCCGGGAUCAAAAUGAGUUAUAACUUCGUGCCUUCCAGCUCCAUUGAAGCAGCUAAUACUGAGUUGAACUUGAACCCACCUUUGACUGCUGAAUACUUUCGGCCUAAUAUUUUAGUUUCAAAGACGGAUCCAUUCGACGAGGAGAGGUGGGACAAGAUCCACAUUGGAGACACCGUGACAUUUAAAGUGGAAAAGAAACAUAUAUGUUUGGUGGAGGAGAACUACAGCAAUGACGAGAAGGAAUGGAAGAUGGAAGUGCAGCCUUACAAGUCUUUGCCCAAAGCUUUGUUUCUGCCGGCAUAUUGUAAGCUGGUCAGUGUUGGUGUGGUGGCCACACUUCUCCACGGCGGGGUCAUUCACGUUGGGGAUCAAGUGUACGCGACGUACAAGUAGCUGCUGGCUUAUGUGCGUGACUUGAACAAUUAAACCAUCACAAUAUUU